CUGAGGCGGAGGCCGGGGGCGGAACCGGAAGUGAUGCAGUCAGCUGACUGGAAGCCAUGGAGCAAAGCAAGAUGGCGUCUCCCAAGAGUGCGCCCAAAGAUGCUCAGGUGAUGGCUCAGAUCUUGAAGGACAUGGGCAUCGCGGAGUACGAGCCGCGCGUCAUCAACCAGAUGCUGGAGUUCACCUACAGGUAUGUGACUACCAUACUGGAAGAUGCAAAAAUAUACUCAAGUCAUGCUAAGAAAUCCAGUGUUGAUGCAGAUGAUGUGAGACUAGCAAUCCAGUGUCGAACAGAUCAGUCCUUUACCUCUCCUCCCCCAAGAGAUUUUUUGCUAGACAUAGCAAGGCAAAAGAACCAGACGCCACUGCCACUGAUAAAGCCAUAUUCUGGACCCAGACUGCCACCUGACAGAUACUGUCUGACAGCUCCAAACUACAGACUUAAAUCACUGCAAAAGAAGACUUCUUCCUCUGCCGGAAGAAUAACAGUUCCCCGUCUCAGUGUUGGUGCUGUUAGUAGCAGACCCAGCACUCCUACGUUAGGUACUCCUUCGGCACAAACAGUAUCGGUUUCGACAAAAGUUGGCACUCCAGUGUCGCUGGCCGGUCAAAGGUUUACUGUGCAGAUCCCAUCUUCUCAGGCAACUGUCAAAUCAGCCACACCAACUACUCCUACAGUUCAGAACGUUCUGAUUAACCCUUCAUUAAUUGGAUCCAAAAACAUUCUUAUUACCACAAAUAUGGUAUCAUCACAGAACACGUCAAGCGAGUCAAAUCCCUUGAAAAGGAAGCAUGAAGAUGAUGAUGAUUAUGAUAAUUUGUAAAAAGGCACUGACCAGGCCGCCUCCCUUCUCAGGUGCGAUUCAUAUUGAGUCGGAUACCAGAGACAAACAUUGCCGAAAUGUUCUUCAGCAGUUGUACGAUAGUAUGUAAAUGUUUACUGUCCAUAUGGAAUUAGGGGCGAAGAGCUGUAACUGAGGGAGUUGCACUGUGGUAUGAUUGGUUUUGUAUAUGUUUUUUUAACCUCUUCUGUGACCCAGAACAUCCUCCAGAACUCACUUGUAAUGAUAGUAACCAUUUGUUGUUAUUCAGGAUUUUUUGAAUACUUGUUUUUUUUUAUACAACAGUCUUACAGCUUUGAAAAGUGCUUUCAUCUUGGUGGUCCUGUUGCUACAGAUGAACCAGAAAUUCACAAAGCAGGCAGAAAUAAGAUAAUGAUUCCAAAUAAGGUGUAGAACCUGACUUCAUCGCUUAUCUGAAAUUUGGCUGUGAAAGUUUUAAUCUGAACAAAGAAGAAUGACCAGAAGGGGCUAAUUUUGAGAAGUGUCAGCAAGAUUUUUCUGAACACUUACCACUUUCACAAACAAAGUUUGUGAAUAAGCUGCAGACUCCAAACUUGAGAUGUUCAUAGCAUUAUCUCUAUGCCACUUUAGUCGGGCACUGAGUCUUGUAAACGGUAAUGCAGUCAAAAGCUAGAUGGCCAGAUUUGUAUACACAAUAAGUACUUUUUUAGAGCACGCUGACAGACUGCAGCGCAUAAGUGAGAAAUGGGUUCAGACCUGAGUAAGUCUUGGUAGGCCAGGAUGUUCAAGAGAAACGUUCUGUUCAAGUAUGAAAUAAUGCAGAAUUCUCUGAACUUGAGGAGGAGAGCGCUCUUUUUGUCUAAGUCAGUUCUGGUAGACCAGCCUCACCAGUGAGCUUCAACUGUGAGAAAUUCAGUCCGAUUGUUAAGUUUUUUCAAAAUUAAAAGGCAGCUCUUGGUGCAAUUGCUUGUAUUGUGCAUGAGAACACAAAGUACAUCAACUUUUUAGAACCUGUUUAACCCUAAUGCAUGUUGCCAGACUGGCUUUGCAUUCCAUUUUGUCGGGUACUCUGUUGCUGACUGGUCAGGCAUAGAUGCUUCAGAGAGAGGCGCAAAGAUCAUUCAUAACCUUCAGCCUUCCUAAUCCUUUAGUCUCUUAAUUUUUAACAGGUAGAGUUGAGAUGCAUGAAUUUUGUGUCCCUACUAUGAUGCAAAAGGAAAAUUGGCUAUUUAUACAGACAAAUUCUUGAGCUCUGUAACCUCUCGCACUGGAUCUACUUGCAAAUCAUGUAUUGAGAAAAAAGUCAUUGCUGCUUUGAUCCUGCUUUGUUCUUGCAUUUGAGAGGAGGAGAAGGGAAGCACACGGUCUACCCAGUGUUUCCAAAACUUUUCAUACGUGGGGUACACUUUUCUCCCAGGUUAAAAUUGGUGGCACACUUAGUGGUCGGUCAGCUGGAUCCAGUCAAUGGGCCUGAUCCUGUAUGCAGUGCUGGACCAGCCAGGACACAGUCCUGUAGCAUAAGGCCAAGGCAGCUGGGGCCCAGUCCUGCCCAUUUUUCACAGCACACUGCUGUUGCUUUUGUGGCAUACCUUUUGGAAACCACUGACCUACUGUUUCCUGCAAGAUAGACAUGUUCAGUCUUCUGGUAGGAAGAGUACUAUCUAGUGCCUCUAAACAAUCCCACUCAGUAGUCUGUUUUUUGGUUGCAAAGGUGGAGUGAUGCUGUGUUGCAGCAUGUUGCAUGCAUUUUGUCCUCAUUCUCACAUUGCGGUGUCUAUAGUGCUGCCUUCAUCCAUUUUCUCAUUUGAUGUUGUGAAUAUGGAUCCACAUAUGCACUGGUAUUAUGCACAUGUGUGUUUUGAAUCCUUCAGUGCCUUAUUGAUAAAGGAAUAUCAAUGUGUUUGAUUUUUUUUUUGGCACGUACAUGAGAAUCAGGUGGCAGGUAGAGAAAAAUAGGAAAGAAGAGAGGUGUGUAGCUUGAUUUUUAUAAGUUAGUUUGGGAAGAAGGCAGAAAGCACCUCUGUUGUAAAAUUAAAUCAGUUACAGUUUUUUAAAUAGAAAAUCCCUUCAUAGAUUCACUCCAGCCUAAGUAGUGAUCAUGGGAAACAGAGAUCAAAUUUUGCAAGUUUGCUUAUCUGGAAAACUCAGGAUUAUGUAACUCUACUGGUCUUUUCAAAGAACAUAUGUGCAAUUCACCCAGUUGUCUACAGAAGCUGCAACUUCCAGUAUGGCAAUAUCCAGUCAAGACAGGGGACCCAAGAAAUAGCAAGUGACAAGGCAAGAAUGUGGCUGACUCUGCAACAAUUUUGUACUUAACCAUUUUUUUUUUUUUUUUUUAAUUUAAGCCCUUGAUUUAUAAACUGGAGCUCAGAGCAAUAUUUUCUACUAUUCAGGUUCUAAUAUUUGUAUUUUCAAAACCUGCUGAGUUCAUGCAGCAGCCUUAUAAAAACCUGAUUGUGUUUAAUAGUAUUUAAUUAUUAGUAAUUAUGACUCAGUACAGCAGUGGUAGAAGGUUAUUUUCUGCAAGUAGCCUAAAUAUGUUAUCUUGCAAAUGUGAAUCCAAUAAAGUAACUCUAUUAAAGAAA